AUGGUUCAGGCCGGAUCGAAGGGUGCCGUGCUGGUCGUGCUGAUGCUGAGCGAUGCAAUUCUGCUGCAGUCGACUUGGAUUUCGAAUAUUCUACGGCGUCGUGGUUGGAGUCUUGGAGAGCGCUGCCGAAGCCCCAAGCGUCGGCAAGCAAGAUCCGACGAAAUCCCCAUCAUCAUCGACGCUUCUCUCUCAUCUUCAAUCUGGUGCACAUCAGCCUGA